AUGGCAAACUCUUUACUGCGAAAUACUUUACCUGAAGAUGGAAGACUUAAUUUUACGGGACUUGGUUACAAAUAUGGACACCCAGUUGAAGAGCAUGAAGUAAUCACCGAAGACGGUUACAUAUUGACUUUCUUCCACAUCAAGGGGAAGAGAAAACCGUCUGUUUUUAUUAUCCAUGGAAUCGCUGAUACGGCAGAUAUUUUUAUUAUUAGAGGAAAUACAUCAUUAGUUAUAACUCUAGCUGAUGCAGGGCAUGAUGUCUGGGUUGCAAAUUAUAGAGGAAAUAAAUAUGGUCGACGACAUCUCAAGCUAAAUCCGGACAAAGAUCUCAAAUUCUGGGAUUUUAGCCUUCACGAAGUCGGUUGUUACGAUCUCCCCGCUAUGAUCGAUUAUAUACUCCAACAUACUGGAGAGAAAAAGAUACAAACAAUUGGGCACUCGCAAGGAGUAACGACACAAUUCGUGCUUUUGUCUAAAAGACAAGAAUAUAAUGAAAAAAUUGAAUUAAUGGUUGGAUUAGCACCAGUGGCUUUUUUGACAGAUUUAAGAUUUCCAGUGUCUCUCAUUGCACAUUUUGGACCUCUGCUUGGGGAAGUUUUUAAAUCUAUAGGUAUAGAAGAAACAUUUCCGGAGAAUUCGUCAAUAACCGCGUUAGUAAGAUUCAUUUGUAGUCAAGAUUUCUUUAGCUAUGAAAUGUGUUUUCUAUUGUUUGGCUUUCCUUUCGUUGGUUUUGAUACAAAGCGUUUUGAACCGAGCUUUUUAAAAGUUUUAAUUGGACACUAUCCAGGAGGAACGUCUCGUAAAAAUUUAAUGCAUGUCAAUCAGAUGGUGUUAAGUAAAAGAUUUUGUGAAUUUGACUACGGCCCUAAAGGUAACUUAGAUCACUAUGGUUAUGUAGUGCCUCCAGAUUAUAAUUUACGUCAAGUGACUACAAAAGUUGCGUUGUUCGUUGGUGAAAAUGACGUGUUAUGUACAGUAAAAGAUGUAGAUAUACUACGCUCAAUUUUAUCUAACGUAGUAUAUUACCACAUAAUGGAAGAUAAACUUUGGAAUCACAUAGAUUUUACGUUAGGUAAUGAUAGGAAUAUAACACUAUUUCCUCGUUUAUUUAAAUUAUUGGAUAAAUUUAGUAAAUAAUUGUAAUUAGACCAGG